AUCGGAGCGCUCGCAAAACCUCCACACACCUUCCUGAAAUAGUAGCCACUAGCUUCAGCUGCUCCCCGAGGGGUCGAUCGAGCUCCUCAGCCUUCCUCACGCAUAGCUAGAACCGGCUAGCUCAAUCAACACCACAACCGAUGGAGUUUGACCUGCUGAAUUACAGCCCGGAAGCGCAGCUUGAGCUGAUGACCACGAUGCUCCAGCUGGAGCAGCUAACUGCGCUCGACGGCCAUCAGUUUCCGACGAUGGCGCCUGUCUCGCCGCCGAUAUCCCCGAUGCAAACCCAUCAUGCAGGUCACAGCUUGUCGCCUCCGCCACACAUGUCGGCGACGACGACGACCACCACCACCGGGUACCCAGAGCAGUACACGCCGGCGGCGGCCGUGUACGGCGCCACCGCUACCGGCCUCGAGCACCUCCAGGACUACGUGCUGUCCCCGCCGGGCGGCGACUGCGGCGGCGCGGCGGCGGCGCACGCGGGGUCGACGUCGCCGACGUCGGCGGACGCGAUGCGGGAGGCGAUCUUCCACAUCGCCGCGCUGCAGCCGGUGGAGAUCGACCCGGAGGCGGUGCGUCCCCCGAAGCGGCGCAACGUGCGCAUCUCCAAGGACCCGCAGAGCGUGGCGGCGCGGCUGCGGCGGGAGCGCAUCAGCGAGCGCAUCCGCACCCUGCAGCGCCUCGUCCCGGGCGGCACCAAGAUGGACACGGCGUCCAUGCUGGACGAGGCCAUCCACUACGUCAAGUUCCUCAAGUCCCAGGUGCAGUCCCUGGAGCGCGCCGCCCACCGCGCCGCCGCGCUCGGCGCCGCCGCCUACCCGGCCUUCCACGCGCCGUGGCAGUACGCGCUGCCCCACGGCGACAUGUAACGCGACGCGCGCGACAGACGAACGCGCGCGCGUGCCGGUCGAUCGUUACCAUCGAGCUAUGCUAGCGCUUCGGCCGGCCGGCCGGCCAGCGCUCUCCGUUGUUGGCGUCUCGACGGGACGACGACGACGUACGGCCGGCCUCUCUGCCGAUGCUCUUGUAGCGUUGUCUGUGUGUGUGUGCACUGCAUCGUGAACUAGCUAGCGCAUGAUCGCAUGCCUGUGUAAAGACGUAGGAUCCUUGAUACAUUUAUUGCCUGCUGUAGCCGCAUACGGCAUACGACGUGGCUGCUCCAAUUUUUUGUUGGAGUCGCAGCCCGUGCAUGCGCGUGAUCGAUGAGUACGUGUACGUGCUGGUCUACCCUACGUAGGCUGUACAUUUACAUUGUACUACCCCUUUUUUA